ACUACUAUCGUAUUUGAUAUUAAUUCUCUCAGGUUUUUCUCUCUAAAGUUGCCAUCUUUAUGUGACAUCGCAAAGUGAACAAGAUAGAUAUUGGGAACCAAGUAAAACCUCUCUCAACGAGACAUGGAAUGUAAUAAGGAUGAGGCUAAAAGAGCAAUGGAUAUUGCGGAGAAGAAACUUUCAGAUAAUGAUUACGUUGGAGCGAAGAAAUUUCUUGACAAGGCUCAAAAUUUAUAUCCGCAGCUUGAUGGCUUGAAACAAGUUUUGGUGAUGGUCGAUGUUUAUAUCUCUGGAGCAAGAAAGAUCAAUGGAUCAGUAAGAGAAGCUGAUUGGUAUGGAGUCCUUGGUAUUGAUCCUCUGGCUGAUGAUGAAACACUCAAGAGAGAGUACAAGAAGUUAGCCCUUUUGCUUCAUCCGGACAAGAACAAGUGUAAAUGCGCGGAAGGUGCGUUUAAGCUGGUGUCACAAGCUUGGUGUCUGUUAUCUGACAAGGUUAAGAGAACAGCUUAUGAUCAAAAGAGGAAGUUAAAGACCAGGACGAUGCAGAAACCACCACCAAACCAACACAAGCCAGCUUCUUCUAACGGGAAUCAAAAUGCUAAAGACGGUGUGCAUCCAAGUGCUAAUGCUAGAAGUAACCAGUGUGCUAGCGGGAUGCAGAAACCACCAAAUCCACACAAGCCAGCUUCUUCUAAAGGGAAGCAAAAUGCUAGUGACGGUGUGCAUCCGAGUGCUAAAGCUACAAGUAAUCAGCCUACUAGCGGGACGCAGAAACCACCGUGUGCACACAAGCCAGCUUCUUCUAGCGGGAAUCAACACGGUGUGCAUCCGAGUGCUAAAGCUGGAAGUAAUCCGCAAGCGCCUCCUGUGAAUGCAUCAAAAGGCAGUAACUUUUGGACAAUGUGCCGUGGAUGCAAGACACGAGGCGAAUAUCGGAGGGAUCGUUACCUUAACAAGGCCAUACUUUGUCCAAACUGUGGUCAGACUUUCAUUGCAACCGAAAGACAUCUAUGGCCAGGUUAUGUUUCUCUUCUUAAAAAACUGCAGGAUCAAUUGAAUGCCCAAAAUAAAGCAGCGAACACAAACACAAACGGAGCUUCUUCUUCUGGGAGAAGUUCUUCGCCACAUCCAAGCUUUGUGAGGCCAGGCAACUCUUCCUCGUCUUCUCCUCAACAACAACAACACCAGCAAUGGAGUGCCAAAAGCCAAGAAACAAACAAAAACACAAACGGAGCUUCUGCUUCUGGGAGAAGUUCUUCGCCAUAUCCAAGUUUUGUGAGGCCAGGCAACUCUUCUUCGUCUUCUCCUCAACAACGGAGUGCCAAAAGCCAAACAACAAACAAAAACACAAACGGAGCUUCUUCGUUUGGGAUAAAUUCUUCCUCAUCUGCUAGUGGACCUCAACAAACUCCACAAGCAAGCGCCAAAAGUCAAGCAACAAACAAAAACAGAAAUAAAGCUUCUUCUUCAGGGAGUAUUUCUUCACCAUCUGUUAGUGCAACCGCGAAAACUCCUCCGGUAAGUUUUGUGUUCCCAGGCGUCAACCUCUCAUCAUCUCCUCAACAACACCAACAACACUGGAGUGCCCAAAACACAAGUGGUGGUACUUAUUAUUCUUCAUUAUCUGGUAGCUUUCACUGGAAGUGUUCUGUGCCACUAACGGCCAGCUCUAAUAGCGGGAGUGCCGCAAAUCAAGCACAAGAAAGAUCGAAAAGAGUACUUGAGGAGUCACAAGAAACGUUUGCUGCUGCAGAGAAUGUUCUUAAGAAGCUGAGGACAGAUGUGUGAUAAGAAGUAAGACUUAUCAGGUGUAGAAGUUUUUUUUUUUUUCAGGUGUAGAAGUUGCAGAGUCCUGCUUUUAACCUUUCAGGGAUUCUUUAUGGUAUGUUAUGAAUCUUUUUUUCAUAUCUAGGCUAAAA